CUUGCCAAUCAGAAUGUCGUGAUUAGAGGCCUCUAGUCGUGAUCAUCGUAAUUGAUCCUUUGGUAUCUUCAUGUCCGGCGACUAGGGAGCUUGGGUAUCCCGAGGUAGUUUGAUGGCAGAUCAGCAGCGGCUCAACGCAAAAGGCUGGAAACGAUCCCUUCGAACACCAAAACCGGAGCUAAGGUUACGUUACGUCGGUUUUUCUGUUGGUCAUCAGAACAACAAGAGCGGAUCCUUCCUGAAGAAGUUCCCACUCGGAAAGGUUUCUGCCGUCGACACUAUCAAAUUUCUGACCAGAAGGAACGCCAUUGCAUACUACGUCGCGAUGGUUCAGCUGCGUGGCAAGACCGAUAUUGAGAAGCCCAAAGUACUGUCGUUCCUGUCCCUAACCGACAAUGAGCUGCUACCGGCAGUGUGCACCUGGGUCUUUUCCAUCAUACGGACCGGAGGAGCUGGGCAUCAGGAAUGAAAGAAAGAGAAGAAGCCAAGGCCGAACCUUGCCUUGAACCUUGUUAGAUGUCGCCGAGGUCGAGGCCGAGGUGGUUCUGUUCCAUGUCUUGCCAAAGGGAACGUUCAAUCCGGUACAACUUUGGCGACUUCAAGCAUUGCUACUCGAACGAAGAUGAACUAAGUCCAUUCGUUACUUCUGACAGAAGUUCAACUAGCAAACUACUUCAGCUGGUACGGUAGCGUUUGGUUCUCGCGCGAGCAGGAACUGUGGAUUACGAAGUGUAUACGAGUGGAAGAAACUGGAUACCAGCUCAGACGAAACCAAGGAAGUGCUGAAACAAUACUUCAGCCGAUCCGGUGUCGAUAAGGGAGGCCGCAUGAUCAAGAGGAAAUAUUCAAGAAUGCUUGCUGGCACUCAGCCAUAACAGCGGGCACAGUUUUUUUUGUCUUUAUCAAAGAA